CCAAAAAUAAAAUUAGUCACUGGAAAUUUCAAUUCUGGGCGAAAAGAACGAAACUUGGAUGAUGGAGAUGAAAAGGGUGUGCGAUGAAAUUCGAAUUAGGGCUUCUUCAAUGGCGUGUUCUCAGUGAUGAGUUUCUCGAGUUUCAUUGGGAAAAUGUUUCAUUGCAUUCAUGGCGUUUUUUCCUCCUUUGGUCCCAACCCUCCUCCUUCUUGUCCUUCUCCUUCCUCCUCUCUCUCAACCCUCUCAUGGCCGUGGAAUUUCUGAGGACAACUGUGGUGAGCUAGUGGUUCAGUCCCAGUGCUCGCAGAAUCCAAAAUGCAGCUGGUGUACGAGUGAGGACCUGGAUGACAUGUGCUUCAGUCAAUCUGAGGCAUGGAGGUUGCCCCACCAGGUUUAUUCUUGCAGCUUCAUCCGGAAUAAUGAUUUGGCUGCUUCUCAUUCAAUUAGGCCACGGGUGGAUAUCACUACAGGGGAAUCAAUGGCUCUCCAAUGGCCUUUGGAGCUGGUUUUAAAGCAUGGUUUCAUGGGUUUGCAGGUUGAGACAGAUUCUCUUACUGUGGCUAAUUCAUAUCUCUCAGGAAAAGGACUCCCAGAGCUGCAUUUACUGAUAGAGGAUUGUCAUCUUAUGGCUAUUCAUAUGAGGAUUUCUAGUUCUUCUCAUGUUUUUACGAAACAGAACUGUGUGGCUCACUAUCUUGCCAAUCUAGCUCGUUCUAGUUCUGUUUGGGUGGGAAAUGUCCCCCCUCACAUCUUGGAUGUAGCUAAAUCUGAUUUUUUCUCAUAUAUAAUACUUUGAAUCUUUCUUCAAAUAAUAUAAUAAUGUAUCAAAUGAGAUUGCAGAAGACAUGCAAUCCUGAAAUAGGGUGAUUAAUUAACCUGUAUUGUACUUCUAGUUAUCAGCUACUAUGU